UUAAAAUUGUAAUUACCAAAUUAUUUAAAAGGGACAUUCACUAGUUUUUCUUAUUAGGAUUAUUUUUGUGAUUGUCAUAUAUACUCAUUAAGGGAAAGACAAGAUUCUAAUGAUGUUUCUAAUUGCAUUUUGUGAUAUUUAUCAUAAUCGAAGACCAUUUUUAUUUUUAAAAAUAUUUUCCAAAUAAAUCUGAUUGUGAGAAUUUUUUUAUUAGAGUGUCUUUGAGAGAUAUUGCUUUUCUUUUUCUUAUCUUUUAAAAUGUUGGAAUGUAUUCUAUAUAAAACAGAAUUUCUAAAAUAAGUAAUAAAAUGCUAAAUGGCGUGGAAGUCCGCAAGUUUGCUAAGAUACAAUGGUUUUUGAGGCUAAGCUGGCCUCCUCUCCCAAUUUCUAAUUGCAAACACCAAUCAAAUAAUGACAUUUUAGGACAUCAGAGAUUCAUUUCGAAUAAUCAAAAGCUAAAUGGGAGUAAGUAACCAUGUACUGUAUUAUAGAAAUAUUCAUUUGAAAACCAAAAAAUUAAUUUGCAUUUUAUACCGUAGAAGACACGGGACAAAGCUUUAAACUGUCACACAAUUAUCACAAACAUUUUGCGAUCCCUACCAAUUGGGUUGCAAUUUUCAAAAAUUUGUAGACAGACUGAAUUUAUAUAUCUGUAAUCUCUAGAACGGAGUUAGACUAAAGUCGGAGUUAGACUACGUCAGAGAGAAAACAAUCCGCUCAAGGAUUAGACAAGGAUCAUCUGAUUGACGGGAAGUUAAGGAUUCAAGGGAUGUGACGAUUGGUGCUGUUAUUAAAGUAACUCAUUAUGUAUCAUCGGGGAGAGAAGAAAGAGCAAACAAAGAGUGGAACUCACCAUAUAGAAGUUGUGGAGUUGCUCUCUUUACUGGAGACAAAUGACAAUCAUGUGGUGGAAGAAAUUAAAAUGUUAAUACAUGAACAACUGAAUAACACUAAAGAAGCAUGGUUGUUACAUGGCCUAGUAGAUUACUUUUUAGCUACGCAAUCACAGCGGUGUUUAGAAAUCAUUGUGGGUGUUAGAGAACCACAUGAUAAGCAUUUGUUUGAUAAGCUGGCAGACUGUUUAAAAGGUAAUUCAAGGUAUCCUGCUCUUACUCUCUUGGGAUAUAUUGUUCGUAGACAUCCUUCUUGGUUACAUAAAAUCACUCAACAUCGUAUAAUGCACAAUUUAAUUAAUAUUCUCAAGACAGAUACUUCCGUAACAAACUUAGUGAGUGCUGUUCUUAUUAUUGUUACAUUAUUACCUGCAAUACCUUCACUUAUUGGUUCUCACCUUCAAGAAAUUUUCGAAUCAUUCUCACACUUAGCAUCUUGGAGUACAAAAAAACCUGGCAAUAUACCUGAAAUUUUUAUUCUACAUCUUCAAGUUAGUGUUUACGCAUUAUUUCACCGUCUGUAUGCCAUGUAUCCUUGUAAUUUUCUCGCUUACUUGCGUUCCUAUUAUGGCCGUCGUGAUCAAAAUCAAGAAAGUUUUCACGUCUUCACUGAAACUAUUAAGCCAAUGUUAGAACGAGUAAGAUUACAUCCAUUAUUAGUAACAGCAUCAAAAGAAACAGAGCUGACAACAACAAGAUGGAAAAAAAUGGAAAUACAUGACAUAUUAGUAGAAUGUGCAAAAGUUUCUUUAGAUUUAAUUGAAGGAGCAUGCGAAGAAGUACCCCAAUGCCAAUUACCAAAGCCAUGUCAAAUUAUGGGUGGUAAACAUGGCUUUUCAGCUUCAAAUGUCCAUAGAGAAUCCACUUCUCUGCCAUUUACUCCUGCUAGUCCUACUUCAGUAGUUAAUGAAGCUUUAACAAAAUGUCAAACAAAAGAGCAUGGUUACAUAUGGAGUCCUUCUACAGUUUGUGAUUUAGAUGUAUCUCCCUCUAAUAAAUUAAGUCCUUCAGAAACUUCUACAACUAGUACACAACCUGAUUCAGGACUAGUCACUCUGCCAUCUGCAACCAAAGUAGGAGAAAGUCCACCUUUAGAUGUUGCCAUAGAAGCCAAACCAGAGGAAGCUUCUAUGAUUGAUUCUUUAGAAGCUUCAUCUAGAAAAAAUCAAGGAAAUGUGUCAGUUAACUCUAUUACUGGCAGUUCCGAAGAAGUUGAUGUGAAUAUAGAAAUAAAUUCUAUGGAUAAUAGUCAGUCCGAAGAACAGCUGACACCAAAUGCAGAUAGUUCAAAAUCCAGUUUGCCUGAUGUUAGUCAAGCAGAAGAAGCAAGAGAGGAAGAAAUUAUCGAUGAAGAAGUUUUGGCAAUAGUGUCAAAUUCAAAAUAUCAAUAUCCAUCAUGCAAUGAGGAUGUGGGCCACGAUACCCCAUUUUUCAGUACAACUCAAAAACUUACAGAUGAACCCCAGACUCCCUGUGAAUUAUCCACCUCAGAUAAUACUCACCUGAGUAACCAAUCGCAAGAGGAGGAAGUAGAAACUAAUGUCAAAGAUGGUGUAAAUAUGCAAAAAUUUGUUAGAAAUGCCAAUCGUCUCCGCUUUCUCAGUCAUCACGGCCCACCACCAAUAGAAAUUUUCAAUGAAUUUGAAUUUAAUCAUCAAACAAAAAAGAAAUUUCUCUCCUGUCCAGAUAUACGAGAAUUACAGCAGCUAAUUAGAAAAAAAGAAAAUAGUAGUAAAAACUCUAGUUUUUAUAAUAUAAUACAGCAAGAAAAUAUUGGAUCUCAAGUUAUUGACAAACCUUAUUUAAAGAAAUCUAUUGAUAAUGUAACUCAGUUUAUUCACAACAAAAAUUCAGUACAAGAUACAACUCUGUUUAAUACAACAGAUAAUUCAUAUUUAAGUAAGCCUAUAAAUGAUAUAUCUGAAAAUAUUACUAAAAUAGAAGAAAAAAAUGCAUAUUCAUUUAUUCCUGUACAGAAUACUAAAUCCUCUAGCCAAACUAGUUGUGAAAAUACUACAGUUACUAUAUCAUCACCUCCUUAUAGUCAUUUGUUUCCUUUUGCUUUAGAAGGUCUAAGCUAUUCCCAACCUAUGUAUGUAAGAGAGUAUACAGAAAAUAUUUUUAUUCAGAAACCUAAGACUAUGAUGGGCCAGGUAGAAGGUAGGCAGUUUUAUGGAGAAAGACCUUUCUACACUACUCUUUCACCUCCUGAAAUAUUAGAUCGUCAUUUACAAUUAGGAAAUGAUGUCUAUAUGAAAGAACUAAAUGUCCCAUUAACGAGCACCAUUGGCACUGAUUGGACACAUUUUGGAGGUCAACCCCCAGCUGAUGUAUUACGUAUCUUACGGGGACAAGUUUUAUUAUUACAUAACCAAUUACUGUUUGAAAGAAACAAGAGAGAGAUUCAUGCUGAACGUAAUAGAAGACUCCUGGGAAAGGCCAAGAGAGCGUGGAUGUUAGAAGAACAAAAUGGGGCAAUGAAAGACCAACUUCAGUUGCAAGAAAGAAAAAUCCAAGAUCUAGAAAAUGAGAUUAAUAAAUUGUCCAAUUUGUAUCUUAAACAACAAGAUGCAAAAGAACAAAAGUUUGAAGAACUAAAUAAAAGACUCAGGGAAUUGACACACAAUAAUAUAGCUUUAAAAGAAAUAAAUUCUAAAAUAGAUGAGCAAUUAAUCCAACAGAAGCAAGAAAAUGAAGUUUUACGAUGUGAAUUAAGAAAAGUUUACAGUCAGUUAACAGAAACAAAAUUAGAGUUAGAUUCUGCAUUCAGACAAGUAAAUAGAUGUCAAAAAUUAGAAGAGGAGGCAAAAUGGCUGUCAAAACAGGUUGUUUUGCUGGGAGAAAUGAAUCAACACUUCAGAGAAAGGAUUGAGAGCUUACAACCAUCUCCAGUAAUUGCUGCUGAAGAUGCAAUGUGGAAAGCAUCUGCUCUAUCUGAAAUAUCUGGUAUGCAAAAAAUAUUUUCAUACAUAAAAUUUUGGUUUAUAAUUUUGAAGUAUAUAAUAACUAGCUGUUACUCACAACUUUGCACCUGCAGAUUUUGCAAGCGACUAGUCACUCUGCCAUCUGCAACCAAAGUAGGAGAAAGUCCACCUUUAGAUGUUGCCAUAGAAGCCAAACCAGAGGAAGCUUCUAUGAUUGAUUCUUUAGAAGCUUCAUCUAGAAAAAAUCAAGGAAAUGUGUCAGUUAACUCUAUUACUGGCAGUUCCGAAGAAGUUGAUGUGAAUAUAGAAAUAAAUUCUAUGGAUAAUAGUCAGUCCGAAGAACAGCUGACACCAAAUGCAGAUAGUUCAAAAUCCAGUUUGCCUGAUGUUAGUCAAGCAGAAGAAGCAAGAGAGGAAGAAAUUAUCGAUGAAGAAGUUUUGGCAAUAGUGUCAAAUUCAAAAUAUCAAUAUCCAUCAUGCAAUGAGGAUGUGGGCCACGAUACCCCAUUUUUCAGUACAACUCAAAAACUUACAGAUGAACCCCAGACUCCCUGUGAAUUAUCCACCUCAGAUAAUACUCAUCUGAGUAACCAAUCGCAAGAGGAGGAAGUAGAAACUAAUGUCAAAGAUGGUGUAAAUAUGCAAAAAUUUGUUAGAAAUGCCAAUCGUCUCCGCUUUCUCAGUCAUCACGGCCCACCACCAAUAGAAAUUUUCAAUGAAUUUGAAUUUAAUCAUCAAACAAAAAAGAAAUUUCUCUCCUGUCCAGAUAUACGAGAAUUACAGCAGCUAAUUAGAAAAAAAGAAAAUAGUAGUAAAAACUCUAGUUUUUAUAAUAUAAUACAGCAAGAAAAUAUUGGAUCUCAAGUUAUUGACAAACCUUAUUUAAAGAAAUCUAUUGAUAAUGUAACUCAGUUUAUUCACAACAAAAAUUCAGUACAAGAUACAACUCUGUUUAAUACAACAGAUAAUUCAUAUUUAAGUAAGCCUAUAAAUGAUAUAUCUGAAAAUAUUACUAAAAUAGAAGAAAAAAAUGCAUAUUCAUUUAUUCCUGUACAGAAUACUAAAUCCUCUAGCCAAACUAGUUGUGAAAAUACUACAGUUACUAUAUCAUCACCUCCUUAUAGUCAUUUGUUUCCUUUUGCUUUAGAAGGUCUAAGCUAUUCCCAACCUAUGUAUGUAAGAGAGUAUACAGAAAAUAUUUUUAUUCAGAAACCUAAGACUAUGAUGGGCCAGGUAGAAGGUAGGCAGUUUUAUGGAGAAAGACCUUUCUACACUACUCUUUCACCUCCUGAAAUAUUAGAUCGUCAUUUACAAUUAGGAAAUGAUGUCUAUAUGAAAGAACUAAAUGUCCCAUUAACGAGCACCAUUGGCACUGAUUGGACACAUUUUGGAGGUCAACCCCCAGCUGAUGUAUUACGUAUCUUACGGGGACAAGUUUUAUUAUUACAUAACCAAUUACUGUUUGAAAGAAACAAGAGAGAGAUUCAUGCUGAACGUAAUAGAAGACUCCUGGGAAAGGCCAAGAGAGCGUGGAUGUUAGAAGAACAAAAUGGGGCAAUGAAAGACCAACUUCAGUUGCAAGAAAGAAAAAUCCAAGAUCUAGAAAAUGAGAUUAAUAAAUUGUCCAAUUUGUAUCUUAAACAACAAGAUGCAAAAGAACAAAAGUUUGAAGAACUAAAUAAAAGACUCAGGGAAUUGACACACAAUAAUAUAGCUUUAAAAGAAAUAAAUUCUAAAAUAGAUGAGCAAUUAAUCCAACAGAAGCAAGAAAAUGAAGUUUUACGAUGUGAAUUAAGAAAAGUUUACAGUCAGUUAACAGAAACAAAAUUAGAGUUAGAUUCUGCAUUCAGACAAGUAAAUAGAUGUCAAAAAUUAGAAGAGGAGGCAAAAUGGCUGUCAAAACAGGUUGUUUUGCUGGGAGAAAUGAAUCAACACUUCAGAGAAAGGAUUGAGAGCUUACAACCAUCUCCAGUAAUUGCUGCUGAAGAUGCAAUGUGGAAAGCAUCUGCUCUAUCUGAAAUAUCUGCACUUAAACAGAAACUAGAAGCCAAAACAAUUCUUCUAGAAGAUUAUCAAUCAAAAAAUGCACAAUUAGAAACUGCCAUUGCUAACAAUAAUACAAUUAUGGCAGAACAGAAACAACUUUUAGAAAUGACCAAGUCAUGUCAUCAGGACAUUUUAAAUGCUAAAGAUUCAAAAAUAGCUACUCUUCAGAAAAUAUGGGAACAACAAGAAGUGUAUAUUUUGGAAUUACAACAAAAAUUAAAAAUUGCAGAAAGUAAAGCCUCAACACCAACUCGCAGAGAGAGGCAAAAAGUGGCAGAGAACAUUGCCAGUCGCAUGCCCAUGCUGGUGCCAGAGACUGCGGCAGACAAGACCGACAGUAAUCCAUUUUGUUCUGAAGAGCCUGCUUCGGAUGUGCUGGAUACUGCUGAAGAGACCUCGAGGAUAGGAGAACUUCAGAAUUCUGACAUGCCAAGGAUAAAUCGUCAGCGCCUGUGUGAAAAUCUGGAAAGCUGCGUUGAUCUUCCAGAAAGCGUCGAGGAUGACCCGCAAUCUCAAGUGCUAUCCACCAAUGGAAACGACUACAUUUCGGAUAGUGUUAAAUAAACAGUUGUGUACAUAAGUUUGUUACGAGACAUACAUAUGUUUAUAUUGCUCAAAAGAGAGGAAAAAAGCCGAAUCUACUUAGUGUAUAGAAUAGGCAAAACAGGAUUAUGUGAAAACUCCAAAAGAAAAAGAUAUAUCACCAUAAGUAUCAUUUACUAUGGGAACAAGCUUUUUAAAAUAAGUGCAGCAAUUUCUCAACGGUUGAAUUAUAUUUAAAACAAAUUUUAAUUAUUUAUGAUGAAAGCUUUAACACAAAUUGUAAUUUAUGAUUUAAUUUCUGUAGAAAUGAUUUCAUUUAAUGCAGUUCUGCCCACUCAGGAAUAUGAUAAAAUACAAGAAAAUACAAAAAGUUUUUUUGUUUUGAUUAAAGUGUAGUUUUGUAAAUUUUGUGAACAAAUAAAUAAUUUGACUGCAUUAAAUUGAAACUGUUACAUUGUCACAAGUUAAUCCACCAAUAGUUAUUUUAUUUCUAAACAGUUGUAUAUUUUUACAUAUUAGAAUUAUAAACACAACCAAUUUUAUUAUUAUUACAUUUUUGUUGUACAAUUUCAUUUCUUUUAUUAUAAACAUGCCAUUUAAAAGAUUGGUUAUUGAAUGCAUGCAAUGGGAAAUAAGAUAACGAAUGCAUUAGGUAUGUGUGUAAA